CUGCAGCACCGCCACGGCGUUGCUCCACAGCAGCCCAUGCCCCUAGGGCAGCUGCUGCUUCACACCUGGAGACGAGGCCGUGCUCCGUGGGCCGCUGGCGCCGCGAGCCCCGCCGCUGCAACGGCGACCUCAGCAGCGAGCACCACUGCUGCAAGAUUUCCAACUGUGAGUUUCCUGCCUCCUGCUCUCCUCCUUCAUGUCCCCGGCCACUCGGACCAGAACCGAACGAACCAAGCACAGGCGGACAGACCACCAGGCAGCGAAGCCCAGUCCCGCAUCUCUCAUUUGUAGUCCUGCCACGACCACACAACGUCACAUAGGGCCCUCUUCCGGCAAAAUUGGCCACUGGAUGCAGGCACCGCCCAUUUUUUAGCGGGCUGUUGGGGCGGGAGACGAAUGGGGUUUGGCUCCAGGCAAUACUGCUUGGCUGGAGGGAAUAGACGGCAGACGCUGAUUGGAUUGGAGUGAACACAAAGCGGCAAAACUAGUGUAAAUAUACGGGACCUGGACGGCGCUGAGAGUAUCCGUGGUAAUUGAAUUUAAGGUACAGACUGACGCAGGAGUGCUCCUUCUCUCACUCUAAAUACAUCUUCUCAGGAUUUCAGGCCAGUGGUAUCUUUCUUCCUUGGGCCAGGGGAGUGGAAGGUUUUUCUCUUUGGACGGAGAUACUGAAAUCUCAGAGAGUAUUUCAAUAUUAAAUUUGGCUUUGUCCAAUGCCUGGAGAUAAGAAGGCGGCUACGGUGCCAUCUAGAGUUCAAGAAAAAUAUUAUGCUAGUCAGACAAGUAUCAUAUUGAGUCAUUGGUACUGCAAAUCAAGAGGAACACUGACGGGACAUCCUAAGUGUGCUUCCAUAUUGGACACUUUGUCAUUUGGGAUAUUUAGGCUGCAGAGAAGAGGCCAGGGCUGGCCAACAACCUUUAUAUACCAACAACAAACAUUCAAGCAAAUAAGUCCCUAAAACGAUUUCAGAAAACGGUGAGUGCCAUGAAGGAGAUAGAACAGGCUGCAGAGGGGAAGAGAAUGACUAGGGAAGAGGACCUCUUACAGAUUUAAUUGUGUCCCCAAAAUAAAUGUAAAUCCUAACCCUAAACCUGUGGUUAUAAUCCCAUUUGGGAAUUAAUUUUCUUUGUUAUGUUAAUGAGAUAGUAUUAGGAUAGGCCGUGCCUUAAGUCAAUCUUGAUAUAUAAAACAAGCAAGCAGAGAUGGGGGAAGAUAGAUGCUAGGCCAUAAGGAAACCACUAAGGAACUGAGGAACAGAAGCUGAAAAGAGACAAGGACCUUCCCCCAGAGCUGAUGGGGAAAGAAAGCCUUCCUGUAGAGCCAGCACCCUGGAUUUGGGCUUCUAGCCUCCUAAACUUGAGAAAAUAAAUUUCUGUUUGUUAAAGCCAUCCACUUGUGGUAUUUCUGUUAGAGCAGCACUAGAUAGCUAAGACAGGGCCUUUCUGAAUAGGUGAUCUUGGAGCUGAGAUUCACAUGAUGAGAAGGGAGCAACUAAAUGAAGACCUGGGGGUGAGUGCUCCUGCAGCGCAGCAAAUUACUUAAUACGGUCCCUCUAGCCAUGGCCUGGUUAAUUCCCACAAAAUAAUUGGGUAGGACUACAGAAUCAACUUGACAGCACACAACAUGCAAAUAAGGUGUUGUAGCCCACCAAAAGGAUUGGACAACUUGCUGACUAUGGAAAUAAGGUGCAUGGACUCUUCCUAGGGGAUUGGUCAGUUUUGCCACUCAGCUAGGGUUAAAAAAGGGUUAAGGGGAACUAAUCCCAGAAUCGGAAAGGGGACCUCACUAUCAUCAAGAAAAGCCAGAAGCAGAGUGCAUCUUUUGGAACUGGGGUCCCUCUGCUGAGAACCUCCUAGACCCAGGAGCCAGAGACAGCUGUAACACCAGAGACAGUGUGAGAUGGCGGGAAAUGGUGACUGAGAAAAAGCAGUACCAGAAACUGGAGACUGGUCUAAGACAGCAUGGUGGGCUUCCUGGCCCACAGAGCGAGGCAGCUACAGUGGGUGUGCCAACCCAUGCAAAGAGAGAUCUGAGUGCCUUUGGGCAGGAGACUUCCUGGUGGAGUGGGGUGCUUCCAGACACUUAUCUGUGGCAAUGAGAAGUUUUGUAACACUUGUCCCCCUAGCAGGGCAUUGGCAGAGCCAAGAGCAGCCUGUCCUGAGGGAGCUGAGAGGAGGCCUGCAUGGCUGAGAGGAACUGAGAGGGCUAUCCUGCACUGAAGAAGAGAGACUUUGCCUACAUGCUUCAUAAUCCUGAUCCCAAGUUGUAGCCUCUUGAUCUUGAUCCUGCAUGUUACUAUUACUGCAAUUUUGCUAGAGUUGCCUGCCACAAACAGCCAAUUCUUGAGACGGGGUGAGGUGGGUAGCAAGACCUUUAUUAUAUAUACCGGUAUAUACAGACAGAGGGGAAUGAUCUCCUCCUAAAGCUGUCUGUCUCGAGGAACUGCUGUCCAGCUGGUGUUUUAUACGGAAAGGGGGAAAUGGGUUUUAGGAACUUGUGGAAUGUGCAUUCUUUCUUCCGUUUGGUUUUGGUGGUCGUACCUUACACAUGUUGAUCUUUUCCUGCCAUUAUCCCAUCAGCUCAGGGGAUGGCUGGCACCAUCCUUCAUUUUAUUUGACAGGCUUAGAUCAAUAUCACUUGUUUUCUACAGUCCUAGAGGAAUCAUUGGUUAACACUUAACCAAUCUUACUUGGAGGAUCUUCCUUGGAGCCAGGGAUGGACUAGGGGAGGGAAAGAAGACAAGGAGGAAGAAGGAAAGAAAAAUUGGCUCAGGUACUAUUCAAGAUACGGCUGAGCAGCCUGUUUUAUUACUUCCCUAAUAAACCCCAUAACUGUGAGCAUGGUCUGUGAGUUCUGUGUGGCCUCUGAAAUGAAUUAUUGAACCCAGCAGAGAAGUAGAGAGUGCCAUGGUAGGGAUGGCUGGUGUCAGAAUUGGUAAAAACGUGGGAGAGAAGAGGCAUGUCUGACUCCACCUCACAGUAAUUAGCUUUAGGCUGAUGUUGAUUCUGUGAUCCCUCUGAAGUUUGAGGUCUGAUGCCAUCACACCAUUUUUACAGAUCCAUACAGAGGGAACUCCCUCCAGUAUGCUCAGCACCCUUGAGAAAUAGCAAGAAGGAUGAAGUGGUUAGGAAAGGUGGGGGAGGAGGCCAGAGAAGCAGACAAGGGCCAAAUCACAGAGGGCUUUGAGGCCAUGGUAAAGGUUUUGGAUUGCGCUAGAGGCCACCAACAGGUUUUAAGAAGGAUAUUAGCUUUUUCCGGUUACUCUCCCUACUUUGUGAGGGUAAAAGCAGGAGACAGAUAAAUGAGGAGGCUGUUAUCAUAGAACAGGUGAGAGAUGAUGGUAGUGUGGUAGACUGAAAAAUGCUCCUUCCCCCAAAAGAUAUCCACAUUCUAAUCCCUGGAAUCUCUGAAUAAAACCUUAUAUGGCAAAGACUUGGCGGAUGUAAUUAAAUCAAGGGUAAUAAAAUGGGGGAGAUUAUCUGGAUUAUCCAGGUAGACCCUAACUUCAUUCGCAAGAGUCCUUGUAAGAAACACAGGAGAUUUGACACAGGCAGAAGCGAAGGAGGCAGUGUGACCACAGAGGCAGAGAUUGGAAUGAUGAGGCCACAAUUCAGGGAGUGCUCACUGCUAUCAGAAGCUAGUAGAGGCAAAGAACUGAUCCUCCCCUAGAGCCUGUGGGGGGAGCAUAGCUCUGUUGACAAUUGAUUUCGGCCCAGCGAUAAUAAAAUUCUGGUCUCUACAACUGUGAGAAAAUAAAUUUAUUUUAAGCCACCAAAGUCAUGGUGAUUGGUUACACAGGAAACUAUUACAAGUAGUUUGGAGCAAUGGAGAGGGUCAGAUGUGAUUGGAUCCAAAAUACUUUUUUAAGAGCUAGGACCAACUGAUACAUAGUGUGUGUGUCAUAGGAGAAGAAUCAAGGAUGAGCCCCAAAUUUUGGUCUAAGCAAGUGGAUGAAUGAAUGAUAGCAUCAUUUACCGAGAUGGGCAAGGGGGCACGGAUUAUUAAGUAUUAUGUGUUGGCCAUAACCAUGUUUGAGAAAAUAUCAACUAGCAGGUAUCACAGCUCUCCAAGAGCCAGGCACUGUUAACAUGUAUUAAGUGUGUUAACUCAGUUAACCAAGGAGAGUCAAGCGGGCAGUUAGAUAUGAGUCUGCAACUGAGAGAGGGCUAGGCUGGCAAUAUAAAUCUGGGAGUCAUCAGGGACCAUGGGACCUAAUUAGAUUACUCAAGCAGGGAGUUUAUGGAGAAUAAAAAUGAGGACUAGGGCCUGAACCAGGGGAUACUUUUUUUUUUUUGGUGGAACAGAGAGGGAGAAUCCAACAAAGGAAAGAAAGGAGUCAAUGAGGAGGAGGGAAUAUCAGGAGAGUGUCAAGUCCCAGAAGCCAAAUGAAAAAAGAAAGGGUGGGAGGAGCCAUGUGGAAAAGGAGAAAGGAGAGACCUACAUAGUCAGAUGCUGCUUUAAGGCGGAGAAGUAGAGAACUGACCACUAGAUUUAGCAACAUGGACCCAAGUGACCUUAAGAAGCGCCAUUCUAGUGGAGGGGUGGAGAGGAACGCUCCAUUGGAGUCGUUUGGAGGCUGGAAAUGAGAAAAAGUCCACAGCAAAUCUAGGCACAUUUUUGGAGGAAUUUUAACGGAAACACAGAGUGGGCUGUAGCUGGCGGGGGCACCAGGGUCCAGGGAGGGCUCUAUUUGACUUUUAAGGGGUCUGAUUCUGUAGCAUGUCGUUGCUUACUGCUGGCAGUUGAGAGAAAAUUAAACAUGAAGUACAAACUAGAAAAAAUUGGAGAAGUGAUGUCCUUGAGCUGGUCGGAGGAAUUAGGAUCAGCGCACAGAAGGAGGGCCUGACCUUAUUUAUUCCGUUCUCCCUUACCCCAAGCUUUUGGUUGUCACCAAAAAGCAACCCCGCGGUACUCCGCGAAGCCUGUUCUCAAUUGACUCGGGGAACCGAGAUUCCCAGCAGGCGUUGUGCGGGGCGGACAGUGCGCAGGCGCAAACCGCCGCCUUCCGACUUUCCCCUCCCCCGGCUCCGACCCCAGUUCCGGGCUGGAGCCACCUAAAGCAGAGGACGGUUUCGUCUUAAAAGAGAAACGGCGGCCUCGCGUGCGAGGCCCUGUAGCAUGGCUUCUUCCCCAGCGGACGUGUCCCGUAGGCGGCAAGAGAAGCGGCGGCAGCUGGACGCCCGCCGCAGCAAGUGUCGCAUACGCCUGGGCGGCCACAUGGAGCAGUGGUGCCUCCUGAAGGAGCGGCUGGGCUUCUCCCUGCACUCGCAGCUUGCCAAGUUCCUGCUGGAUCGGUACAUUUCUUCAGGCUGCAUACUCUGUGCAGGCCCUGAGCCUUCGCCCCCCAAGGGUCUGCAGUACCUUGUACUCCUGUGCCACGCUCACAGCCGAGAGUGCAGCCUGGUGCCUGGGCUGCGAGGGCCUGGGGGACAUGAUGGGGGACUCGUGUGGGAGUGCUCGGCAGGCCACACCUUCUCGUGGGACCCCUCUUUGGGCUGCACACCUCCAGAGGCACCCAGGCCAAUCCCCCUUCAACGCUCUGCCCGGAGAAGCUGGUGCUCAGAGACCAGGAGUGGACAGGAAGAGCCUGCAGGAGAGGAAGAGAAGGAGGAAGAAGAGGAUGAAGAGGAGAUGCUUAGUGAUGCCAGCCCAUGGACCUACAGCUCCUCCCCAGAUGACAGUGAGCCAGAUGCCCCUGGGUCCCCAAGACCACCUCCUGCCCCUCUUCCCCACUCCCUUAAGGUGGAAGAAAUACCACCUGUCCCCUCAGACCUGCCCACUUCUCUGGCUGCACCUGGUCCCUCAGACCUUCCCAUUCCUCUGGCUGCACCGUCCUCUUCAGUGUCCUCACUGUGUUCUGGACUUCCUCUGACUGCGGAAAUCAGAAUACAGCCGGAUCUCAGCGAGACCCCUCAGGCAGCCCAGGAGACUGAGCCCCCAGCCAGCUCUGGGAGUCAGGCCCAGUCUGUUCCAGCCCUGUCCUGGGAUGAAGACACUGCACAGAUUGGCCCCAAGAGAAUCAGGAAAGCUGCCAAAAGAGAGCUUCUGCCUUGUGACUUCCCUGGCUGUGGAAAGAUCUUCUCUAAUCGGCAGUAUUUAAAUCACCACAAGAAGUACCAGCAUAUCCACCAGAAGUCCUUUUCCUGCCCAGAGCCGACCUGUGGGAAGUCUUUCAACUUUAAGAAACACCUGAAGGAGCAUGUGAAGUUGCACAGUGACACCCGGGACUAUAUCUGUGAGUUCUGUGCUCGAUCGUUCCGUACCAGCAGCAACCUUGUUAUCCACCGGCGCAUCCACACUGGAGAGAAACCCCUGCAGUGUGAGAUCUGUGGGUUUACCUGCCGCCAGAAGGCCUCCCUGAACUGGCAUCGGCGCAAGCACGCAGAGACGGCGGCUGCCUUGCUCUUCCCCUGUGAGUUCUGUGGCAAGCGCUUUGAAAAGCCGGACAGCGUUGCAGCCCACCGCAGCAAAAGCCACCCAGCACCACUCCCGGGCCCACAGGAGUCACCUGGCCCUUUGGAGCCCUCUCCCAGCAUCUCUGUCUCUGGGCCUCUGGGGUCUACUGAGGCCCCAAAGGCUAUGCAGGUAGGGGCCACGCCCUCCCUGUCUCCUCAGGCUUCGGCCCUGCUGCCUCAGAAAUGAGCUCUUCCUCCCAGGUUUUGGGGAGCCAGUUCCCAGGGACUGGAAGGGAGCAAGGAGAGUGGUCCAGAGAAGCAUCAGAUGCCUGGGUCCCCUGGAACUGGGGCUAUGAGUUCAGGGUGAAGGACUCCUGGGGAAGUAGGGGAGCUGGACUACUUUAAUCUACUGAAAGGACAGAAUAAAUAGUAUUUUGCAUGGGCA